CAAAUUGAAAGUUCUCUGAUUGCGCCGCUGCUUGCAUAGGAUACCGGUAUUCUUAGACCUGUAGACCUACACUCAUACUCUGCAUAAGCUUUUGAUUUCAUCCAAUUAAGUGUUUUAUUCGGACCUCAUAGCUUGAAAAUGGGCCGUGCCAGACGGAAGUAUGGCCGACCUGUUGAGAGCCAAAGACCUGCUUCAAGUGUCAAAACAGAAUCUCUGGAAUUGUCCAAUUCAACAUAUGCUAUUGGAAAUCAAGAAUCAAACAGCAACAUGAUUAUACUUGAUUCAAGGAAAGAAAAGACUGGAAAACCUCAAGUUUCCCAUCAACCGAAACCAAAGAAACUUAGCAAAAAAGAGAGAAAAAAAUUGCGAAAAAUAGUUGAUCAAAAAGCAAAAAAAGCAAAGAGAGCAGAAUUACUGGAAGAAUUAUCAAAAGUUCAAGUAAACUCAUCUGAACUUGCAUUGAUGUCCAGUGUUGCUCAUCUUGGAACGAAAAAUUCUCACCUUCAGUUGUCGAAACGUCCUCUGCCCGAUGAGUUGCGAGAAGAAGUUGAAAAACUAAACAGCAUUCGCGGAUCAAAGCGACAGAAAAGAAAUAGAGCAAAGAAAAAAGAGGAUAUUGAGUUGAUAAAAGAAGACAGUACAGAUACCAGUGAUAUAUCUUUGACUUCUGAAGAUGAAGAAAAAGAAGAUGGAAAAAACUAUGAAUCGGAUGAAGUAUCGAAGGUCGAAACUGAAACUGAACACAUUGAAUCUCAAGAAACAGAAAAUAUUCAAAUGAAGGACAAACCUGAAAAAGCCAACCUGAAUACUGACUCAUUGCCUGUUUCUCAAACUAUCGAUACGGAAAAUCCAACUACAGGCAAAUUGAACGUUUCCAAUACACCAUUGCUGUCUGCUUUCCCUUCUGAUUAUGUGUCGUUAGAUAGAGAAGCAUCAGUGCAAGAAUCGAGAUUGAAAUUACCAAUACUAGCAGAAGAGCAAUCUAUCAUGGAGGCAAUUCGUCACAACCACACGGUGGUGUUAUGUGGUGAAACUGGUUCAGGAAAAACCACACAAGUUCCACAGUUUUUAUAUGAAGCUGGAUAUGCAAAACAUGGAAUGAUCGGAGUCACAGAACCUAGAAGAGUAGCUGCAAUCAGCAUGUCACGUCGUGUUGCAACAGAAAUGAAUUUAUCCACUAAUAAUGUGUCGUAUCAAAUCAGAUAUGAAGGCAACGUCACUCCUUCUACUGAAAUUAAAUUUAUGACAGACGGAGUUUUGCUACGAGAAGUCCAAGAAGAUUUUUUGCUGUCUCGAUAUUCCGCCAUCAUCAUUGAUGAGGCCCAUGAGCGGAGUGUUUAUACCGAUGUGCUCAUUGGAUUGCUUUCUCGUAUUGUACCAUUACGAAACAAGAAAGGAAAACCUAUGCGACUCAUUAUCAUGUCAGCUACACUGAGAGUCGAAGAUUUUACUCAAAAUGUGAAAUUGUUUAAAACACCUCCUCCAGUAAUCAGAGUUGAAACAAGACAAUUCCCUGUUACUGUUCAUUUCAACAAGAAAACUCCAGUUGAAGGACCGACUGGAGGAAGGCCAUAUAUAAGAGAAGCUUUUAAAAAGAUUUGCAAAGUACAUCGUACUCUUCCUUCUGGUGGAAUAUUAGUUUUUGUCACUGGACAAAAUGAGGUUCAUUCGUUAAGUAAACUGCUCAGAACAACGUUUCCAUCUGGAAAACCUGAUGGAUCAAUAAGUAAAGUUAUCAACGAACCAAAGAAAGAAUCUGAUGAUACAAAAAAUAAAGAUGAGGAAGAAGUUGCAACCGAUGAUUCUACAAGUAAAGAAAAAUGUCUUCCAGAGGUUAAUUUAGAAAAAUAUUCCAGUUUACCAGAAGAAAAAGAAGAAGAAACAGAUGAACAAGAAGACAGAGAUGCUCCCGCUGGAUACUCUGAUGAUGAUGAUCUUGAAUCUGAUGAUGAAAUCAUGGACAAUCCAGAUUUUUUGAAAGAAGUUGACCAAAGCCUGCCACUACAUGUUCUACCUCUAUAUUCUCUUCUUGCUACAUCAAAGCAGCAAAAUGUUUUUAAACCUCCUCCAGAAAACACAAGAUUAUGCGUGGUGGCCACCAAUGUUGCAGAGACAUCAUUAACUAUUCCAGGAAUUAAGUAUGUUAUUGACACUGGGAAAGUCAAGAAGAGAGUUUAUGAUAAGGUUACUGGGAUUUCUUCUUUUCAAAUUACUUGGGUUUCCAAAGCGUCAGCUGAUCAGAGAGCAGGACGAGCAGGUAGAGUUGGACCAGGACAUGCUUAUAGACUUUAUUCUUCAGCUGUAUUUCAAGAUUUCAUCAAUUUUUCUGCACCUGAGAUAGCAUCAAAACCAGUGCCAGGUCUUGUUCUACAGAUGAAACAGAUGAACAUUGAAAGGGUUGUAAACUUUCCAUUCCCAACUCCUCCUGGUAUAGAAUCAUUAAAAUCUGCUGAAGAUUUACUCAUAUCACUGGGUGCUGUGGAAAAGCCAAAACCCACAAAUAUCAGGGACAAGAAACAAGCCAGAUUUGGAGGACCAAUUACAUCACUCGGGAAGUCAAUGGCUAUGUUUCCUGUUCACCCGAGAUUUGGUAAAAUGUUGGCAACUGCAUCUGCUAAAGACCACAAAGAAUUGCUGCCUUAUGUGAUAACUCUCGUUGCAGCUUUGACUGUCAGGGAGAUAUUUGCAGAGUCUCAUGAACCACCUACAUCUCAGGAAGAGAAAGAAAAACUGAGACAAGGCAGCUGUUCGUCUUACCCAUUGAAAUCUGUUUGGAGUGGAGGAACGAAUCAGAGUGCCAAAGCCUUUGGUGAUUUGAUGGUUCUGCUUGGUGCAGUUGGUUCCGCAGAAUACACUGGUCUCACUCCUCAACUGUGUAACCAAAAUUGUUUGAGGUACAAAGCUUUGUUGGAAAUUCGGAAGCUUCGGGCACAACUUACGAAUGUCAUAAAUUCAGUUGAUACUGAUUCCCAACUAUUUCUCAAUUCAAAAAUGGAACCACCAGAUGACUUGCAGAUUAAACUGUUGCGACAAAUUGUUUUGUCUGCAAUGGGAGAUCAUGUAGCAAAGAAAAUUCCAGAAAGUCAAAUUAAAAGUAAUAAAGAUCCUAAAGAAGUGAGGAGAUUGACUGGAGCAUAUAGUUGUCUCUUAACAACAGAACCAGUAUUCAUUCAUCCAACAUCAGUGAUGUCACAAUCUUCCAAACUACCCGAAUAUGUUGUUUAUCAAGAAAUUAUUGAAACAAACAAAUCUUAUAUGAAAGAUGUGAUGUCCAUCGAAUUGGAAUGGCUAUCUAUGUUAAAUCCUCAAUAUUGCACUUUUUCAUCACCAUUGGAAGAACCUUCAUCAUAUUUGAACAAAGACAGUGGAAAAAUUGAAUGCUAUGUUAAUGCAACUUAUGGAAGAUUAUCGUGGCCGCUCGGCACGGUCACUAUUGUCCAUCCACCGGGACUAGAAAGAUACAAAUGGUUUGCCAGAUAUAUGCUGGAAGACAUCAUAAAACAUUUACCAAGGCAAUUCAGCUGUCUCUUGUCGAAGCCAGAAAUUAUGACGAAAUCAUGGGCAAAUUUGCAGCCGAGAACUCAAACUUUACUCAAAGCAUUAUUACGAGAAGAAGUUGAUGAAAAUCAAAAGCUCAUUUCAGCAUGGAAUAAAGAUAAAUAUUAUUUGUUGACUGAAUUUCAAGAAUGGCUGCCUGAAUCUAUACGAGAUGAUUUGCCUUCUCGAUGGCCUCCAAAAUUCUGACAAUAAAAUAUUAUGAUUGUAAAUUUUAUAUGCGUGUCUAUGGGCAUCGUUUACUUGAGAUAGAUUAUGUAAUAGAUGAAGAAAACUGAA